AUGAAAACUUGGCUACAUUUCUUCCUUCUCUUAGUCACACUCUGGGUUAGUAUCAUCAUCAUCAUCCCUCUAGUUCAUAGCAAGUGUAUUCCAGACCAGCAACAAUCAUUGCUCGAUUUCAAGAGCAACCUUUUAUUCAAUUCCUCUCUUUCCUCCAAGCUUAUUACCUGGAACUCAAGUACCGAUUGCUGCUCUUGGGUCGGAGUUACUUGCAGCACCAAUGGCCGUGUUCUGGGUAUUGACCUCAGCAGUGAGUCAAUCUCAGGUGGCAUUGACAAUUCCAGCAGUCUCUUCCAUCUUCAAAAUCUUCAAAGCCUCAAUUUGGCCUACAACGAACUUGGCAACGGCUCUCAAUCAAUUCCUUCUGCAGUCGGGCAGCUCAUGAAUUUGAGGUAUCUAAAUUUAUCUGCCAAUGCUUAUUCAGGGCAAAUCCCGAUUGAGAUUUCACGCUUGAGGAGGUUGGCAGUUCUUGACAUUUCUUAUAAUUCUUUCACGCUUGAGGAUAUUUUUGAGUUCCUUGAGAUCUCAAAUUUACACAAGCUGGUAGAGAACCUCACAGAGCUUAGAGAGUUGUAUCUUGAUUAUGUCCAAAUAUCAGCAGAGGGGAGUGAGUGGUGCCAAGCCAUAUCAUCUUCCCUUCCCAACCUCAGGGUGUUGAGCUUGUCCUAUUGUAAUCUUUCAGGCCCUUUUCACGAGUCUCUUGCUGACCUCCGAUCUCUCUCCGUGAUUCAAUUGAGAUUGAACAAUAUCUCUGCUCCAGUUCCAGCAUUCUUUGCCAACUUUUCAAACUUGACAUCCUUGAUUCUCAAUGAUUGUAAUUUGCAAGGAACAUUUCCGAAAGAGAUCUUUCAAUUACCUUCUCUUCGUGAGAUUCGCCUUUCGGAAAAUGAAGAACUUGAUGGUUCCUUGCCAGAAUUUCCAAAGAAUGGAUCUCUUCAAUACCUGGAUCUACACUACACUAAUUUUUCAGGGGCAUUACCAAACUCUAUUGGCAACCUCAAAAUGUUGUCCACAGUUGAUAUUUCAGACUGUAAUUUCACGGGAUCAAUCCCCAAGUCAAUGACAAACCUUACACAAUUGGUUUCUUUGUCGAUGUAUGGAAACAAGUUUGAAGGUUUAAUUCCAUCAUUCAGUGGGGCCAAGAAUCUAGAAGAAAUAGAGCUCUCUUCAAAUGGUCUGACAGGUAAUAUUAAUUGCAUCCACUGGAAAAACCUUACUAAUCUAUCCUAUCUCGACUUAGCUGGCAACAUGCUCGAUGGGAAUAUUCCAUCAGCUCUGUUUUCUCUUCCCUUGCUAGAUAAUAUAGAUCUUUCCGACAACCAAUUCUCUGGUCAUUUUCCUGAAAUUUCUAAUCUCUCAUCCUACUCUGUCAAUGUCCUUGAUUUGAGAGGAAACAAUCUGGAAGGGCCAAUACCCAUGUCUAUCUUUAAUUUACGGAGCCUUACUUAUCUUUAUCUUUCUUCAAAUAAUUUCAGUGGCUCGUUUCCUCUAGAUGGUCUUCAACAUCUGAGAAAUCUUUCUAUUCUUGAUCUUUCACACAAUAGCUUGCUUCUUAGCCAUGAUGCUACCAAUUUCUCAUAUUCCUACUUUCCUCAGUUUGAAUAUUUGGGGUUGGCUUCAUCAAACUUGAGAACAUUCCCUGAUUUCUUGAGAAAUCAAUCUGAAUUACAGUCGUUGGAUCUUUCAGAUAACCAGAUACAGGGAAAGAUACCCAACUGGAUUUGGAGGUUCAGAGAUCUCAAUUACCUAAAUCUUUCGUGUAACUCUCUAGAAACUCUAGAAGGUCAUACAAUCAAUCUCACUUCUAUGGAACUCCUUGACCUUCAUUCCAACAAGCUUCAUGGGGAAAUCCCAAUUUCAUCGUCAACUAACAUGUAUUAUCUGGAUUACUCAAGGAACAACUUCAGCUCUACCAUACCAACUACCAUUGGAGAUAUGCUUCUUCAAACCAGUUUCUUCUAUGUUUCAAGCAACAACCUUCAGGGGAUAAUUCCUGGAUCAAUAUGCAAUUCACUUUACCUUGAGGUUCUUGAUCUAUCCAAUAAUUCCUUAAGUGGCACGGUCCCUCACUGCCUGACUACAAUGAGCACUCUUUCAGUACUUAAUUUAAGGAGAAACAAUCUUAGAAAUGUAGACAUGUUGUCUCACAAUUGCAGUUUGCAUACUCUAGACAUCAGUGAAAAUCAGAUACAAAGUCAGUUUCUAAAAUCACUCGUCAAUUGCCCUCAAUUACAAGUUCUGAACCUUGGAAAGAAUCAAAUAACAGGUCCAUUUCCAUGCUUUUUGAAGGACAUAUCCACCUUGCGUGUCCUUAUCUUGAGAUCCAAUAAAUUUUAUGGAGGUAUUGGUUGUCCCAAGAAUAAUGGCACUUGGCCAAUGCUUCAAAUCAUAGACCUAGCUCACAACAAUUUUAGUGGAAAUGUACCAGGAAAAGCUUUGACAACUUGGCAGGCAAUGAUGGCCAAUGAAGAUGAUGCCCCAUCAAAGCUCAAUCACCUUCAAUUUCAAGACAACAACGGUCGUGGUAUUUAUUAUCAGGAUACAAUUACAGUUACCACCAAAGGUUUGGAGAUAGAGCUGGUAAAGAUUUUAACAGUCUUCACCUCGAUUGACUUCUCAUGCAACAAGUUCAACGGAUCAAUACCUUAUGAAAUUGGAGAACUCAAAUCACUGCAUAUCCUCAACUUGUCCAAUAAUGCUUUCACAGGUGCAAUUCCACCAUCAUUAAGCAACUUGAGUCAGCUAGAGUCUUUAGACCUCUCACAGAACAAUUUGAGCGGUCAAAUUCCACCACAACUUACAAAACUCACUUUCCUUUCGUUCUUGAAUCUGUCACACAAUCAAUUGGUCGGCAGGAUUCCGAGCAUUAACCAGUUUCCAACAUUUUCAAAAUCUUCCUUUGAAGGAAACAAAGAUUUAUUCGGGCCUCCUUUGACCGAAGAAAACAGAACAAGGUUGUCACAUCCGGCAACGAAAAGAAGUCAUCCAAGUUCUGGAGAUGAGAUUGAUUGGAAUAUAGUCAUUGUUGAGAUUGGAUUUACAUGUGGGUUCGGAAUUGUUGUUGGAUCACUUUUGUUUUGGAAGAGAUGGAGGAUAUGGUAUUACAGCUCUAUGUAUAGAAUCCUUGUGAAGAUAUUUCCUCAGCUGGAACACAGGUUUGGUCAUCACAGAAGACAUGCGUUCAUAGGCGAAAGGUACUGGAGACGUUGA